AUGCGUACUGAGGUUAUCAAAGCGGACAGCAUUGAUGCGGCUGCUGAGCGGAUUCUUGAUGAGCUCAAGGAAGACGACGCUACUACUGCUCGAAGCAUCAGCAGCAGGAACAAUGUCAUCUACUUCGACGGCUGGGACGGGCUGGGUGCAUCCGCCGUCCUCCGAGCCGUGGCCCAGCGCCUCACCGUGGCUUCGUCCGAGGCCCCGGCAGGACUGCAGUUUGAUCAGAUCAUCCACAUCGACUGCGCCAAGUGGGAGAGCAGGAGAGCACUUCAGCGGGCGAUCGCGGAGCACCUGAAACUCCCUGCCCAUGUGAUGGACAUGUUCGACACGCAAGAUGCAGAGGACGAUUACAACGGGGUGGCCAAGGAGUCUCGUGCUGAGAUACCACAGAUCGUCAGGGAGAUGUAUGGACACGUAACUAAAGUCCUGUUGAUUUUCCACAAUGGGAGCGACGAGGAGAUCGACAUGGCCAGUUUCUGUGGCUUCCCUCUGUCCGGAUACUCAACCAACAAGAUCCUGUGGACAUUCCAAGGGAGAUUUCGGAUGUGCCCCAGGAUAAAAGUUGAUAGGGCCUUCAACAAGGACACCGCACAAGGGGCUGCCACUGAUGUUUUCCUCUCAGCGGUUACAGAGCGAGAAUCACAGGUGUCGUACCUUGUGCUACAAGAGGCUGCAGACCUAGUAGCUGCAGUUGCAGCAGGCAAGAGCAAUAACGGCCAUGGCCUUGUUGGCUCUGGCGGCAUCAUACAGAUACAGCUACAACAGGGACACAGUGACAUCGGCAGUGAUGAAGAUGAUGACGCACCAUGGCAAGCUGCUGAUAAUCUGCAGCGUGAGAUGCUAUUGGAUGUGGAAUACUGGCGACAAUCUUUGCCCUCUUGCCUGGUAAGGUGUGGGGACAGAAUUGCCAGCAUGCCAUACUGGACCUCACCACCUCACGAGGCUCUGCUUUCCCCACUCGGAGGCAUGUUCCAGCAAUUCGACAAACUUGGCGUGCUGAAGCUGUCACGAUGCACCUUCAGCUUCUUGUCACCUCCAUUUCACUCAUGCAACAACCUGAGGGUUUUAUGGCUCGACCACUGCAAGGACCAAGUAAUCUUCAUGGAUGGGGCUCCAGAGGACGUCCGCCGAUUAUUCCAGAGGUUAUGGGUAUUGGACGUUUGUUACUCACGCUGUGACCGGAUCUUGUCUGCUCAGAUGAUUGCUAUGAUGACUCAGCUCAGGGAGCUUAAUGUGGUGGGAGCCCAUGAUUGGGAUAUCGGCCAGCUGCAGGGCCGACUGCCUAACAUCCGCAAGCUCCGAGUGACAAAGUCAACAGUAGGCUGCAAUAGUUGCUCGGAAAGUAACUUGUUGUUGGGAAUGAACAAGAUGGAGCUUCUUGACUUUUCAGGAAACCGUACCAAGCAAGAAGGAGGUGUAGCAGCAAACUUAUCUGGGAUAAGCACUAGCAGCAACCAGCUUGAGACUGUGAUAAUUAUUGAUGGGUGUGUUGGGAUACAAAAGUUCUCCUUCAGGGGAUGUGCUAAACUGAAGAAUCUGCUGUUGAGUGGAUUGUUUGAGGAUCUCUGUACCCUAGACUUGUCAGGCACAGCAGUCAAAACAUUGGACCUCAGUGCCAUGACAGCCCGAAGCCUGGAUGAGCUCAUUCUGGAUAACUGCGACAAGCUUUGUGCAAUCCUGUGGCCACCAGAAGACAAAAGGAGAAGUGAAGACAAAAGGAGAAGUUACUUAAAGAAGCUGCUCAUUGACACCACCCAAUCAGGAUCAACUUCCAGAAGCGGGGAAGGAAAAUCGAAGGCUGGUAGCACUGCUGCAACAGAAUCUUCAUCAUUAUCAUGGCCCAUGGUACUGGUGCAUGGUGCUCGAGCACCCUCUCAAUUUGAUUGGUAUAUUUCUAUAAAGGACGCAAGGCUGCUCAGGUCAUUUGUGCCAUCUCUUGAAGAAUACUUUAGAAACAAUUGGGUGCACCUGGAGAUUUCCUCUCCAAGAUGUUGUCCCGCAGUCGAUGUUGGCAGUAGCGAAAGUGAAGGAAUGAAGAACCAAACUGGAGAAGAGCCACAAGUAGUGGUAUCAAACAGCCGGCAGCGGAAGCCCCAAUACAAUAAUAAUAAUAAUGGUGCAUCAAUGCAUUAUGCCGAUGUUGCUACCAUCGUAGUUGAGGAACACCUGCUUCAAGGAGGCGAAGGCAAUGGUAAUGAUGCCCCAACCAUCACAAGGACAUGGCCUUGCCCUCCCCCUUUUCCACGUCUAGACUCCUCUGACUGUUACCUGUACACAGAAGACCAGCAGAUGAAGACAAAAACAGACGGUGGUACUAUUGCUACUAUACCAAGUAUUAUAUGUGAUCGUGCUUCCAUCCUGCACGUGCAUGACAGCCUGUACAACACAAGUAUACCCGGGCCUGCGCGAUGGGAUUAUCUACGGUGGUACCGGGUGGAGCGGUGCCCCAGGUUGGACUUCAUCUUUACAGCUCCCCAGUUAUUAGGAGGUGGAAGCAACGUGUGCAUGUGUUGGUACCUAAGAACAUUCUGGGCAUCCCAGCUCCCCAGGACACGCUUCAUGUGGGAUACGAGCAAACUGCCCUUAAGCCAGAUUGAGGACCGUUCAUUUGAGGACCUGACACUGUUGCACCUUGACUUGUGCCCCAGGCUCAUACAUGUACUCCCCUUCUCGUCAUCAGUAUCUAGUUGGCGCUUACUGGAGACCAUCGAGAUUGUGUGGUGUGGUGAUCUCAGGGUGGUCUUCCCAUUAUUAGACACCAACAACACCAGGAGCCACCAAGAGCAGCAGCAGAAGCCACCAGGAGCAAUGAUAACAAUGGUGGAUUUCCCAUAUUUGAAGCAUAUCCACCUGCACGAGCUGCCCAUGAUGGAAAGCAUCUGCGGGCUUGGGAGGAUGUAUGCACCCAAACUUGAGACCAUCAAAAUCAGGGGCUGUUGGAGCCUCAGGCACCUGCCGGCCGCCAGGAGCGACAGAAGCAGCGACAAGGUGGAGUGCGACUGCGAGAAGGAAUGGUGGGAAAGGCUGGAGUGGGACGGGUUGGGCGGCAAGCACGACCCUUGCCUUUACAAGCCGAUCCACCCGCGGUAUUACAAGAAGAAGCUGCUCAGGGGCUCCGUGCUCAUAUGA